UAUAUUCCCUUUAUUUUUGCCUCAUCGAUCUCUUAAGUCUUAAAAAGUUAACCCAUAUAAAAAGUCAACGACAAUGACUCGUUGCACCCACCUCUCAGCAAUAACCAUCCUCCUCCUCUUCCUCUCUUCUCUUACCAAAAUAAACGCAAAAUCAACCUCUAUCCUUGACAUCAAUGGCCACCCUCUCGAAAAGAAAUCCAAAUACUUUAUGAUCCCAUUAAUUAGAGGCCAUGGCGGAGGCCUAACAAUGCUCCCUAUGAACAAAACAUGUCCACUUUACGUAGCUCAAGAAACCCACGAAAUCUCCUUUGGUUUACCUCUUAAAUUCUACCCAAAAGACCCAAAAAGAAACAAAAUCCCAGUUGAUAUGGACACCAACAUUGUGUUUGAUGCAUCAAGCAUUUGUGUUAAACAUAGUGGAUGGAUGUUGACUUUCGAUGAGGCAACUGGAAACCGUUAUGUGGGAAUUGGAGGAAGCAUUGGAAAUCCAGGAAUGGAAACUUUGAGUAAUUGGUUUGUGAUAUCAAAGGCUGAGAAUGGAAUGUAUGAUUAUAAGAUUUCGUUUUGCCCUGCUAUUUGUCCAGCUUGUACUAUUAUGUGUGGAGAUGUUGGUGUGUUUAUUGGGGAGGAUGGUACUAGGUUUUUGGGUCUUAAUGAUCGUCCUCUUGUGGUUAUGUUCAAGAAAGCAUAGAUGUUAAUUAAUUAUCUUAAAGGGAUAUCUUCGUCGGGUCUGCCUUAGGUUAUUAUAUCGGUUAUUUGAUAAGAUUUCUUUUAAUAAUGUUUAAUGGUGUAUUAGUUAUGAGUUGGUUCAACACACGUUUUAAGCUGAGUAGUAUAUAUAGCUCAUUGUAUGUAUAGUAUUUAAAUUCGCCCCUUAUCAUUACUGUCACGCACUCUUAUGAAAUAUUUUCAAAAUAUACAGAUCGUAGUUUAUAGAGACUAACAUAAGAUAUAACAAUCCCUUCAUUAGGUGCACAUUAACUUUGUCAGCUAGUCUCUUGAGAGAGACAUAUCUUAAGUCCAUUCCAUCAAAGAUUAAUGCGUAUUUGCCGUAUCUUUAAUGCCUACUUACAUUAUUCUUAAUGCUUAUUUACCGUAUCAUUAAUGUCUAUUUUUUAUA